UUUUAUUCAUUAUAAUUUGGACAAGAAAUUCUGUGGCUCUUCCAUGGCUGUGGCUGCUCUGCCACUCAACCACCGCCUCCUCCCCUGCUUCUCCACCUCGAACCCGAGAGCUCGAACGCAGUCAUGGCGCUCCCGGGGCAGAGAGGGCGUUCCCCAAACGGCGAGUCGGGCCCGUUUCUCCGUGACCAGUUGCUCUUCUUCUACUUCGCAGGCUCAGGAAGAAGAAGCUCCGGCCACGGCCGAGGCCUGCGUCAACACCGGUCUCCAACUCUUCUCUAAAGGGCGGGUUAAAGAGGCACUGUCCCUGUUUGAUACAGCCCUUACUUUAAAUCCAAAUCCUAUGGAGGCCCAAGCUGCCCUCUACAACAAGGCAUGCUGUCAUGCCUACAGAGGGGAGGGAAAGAAAGCUGCUGAUUGCUUACGUACAGCUUUGAAGGAAUAUAACCUCAAAUUUGGUACGAUUUUGAAUGAUCCUGACUUGGCAUCAUUCAGAGCCUUGCCUGAAUUCAAGGAACUGCAGGAAGAGGCUAGACUGGGUGGAGAAGAUAUAGGCUACGGUUUCCGCCGAGAUCUGAAACUUAUUAGUGAAGUUCAAGCACCUUUUCGUGGGGUUAGAAGAUUCUUUUACGUGGCUUUCUCAGCGGCUGCUGGUAUUUCCUUUUUCUUUACCAUACCCAGGCUCAUUCGUGCAAUCAAAGGUGGAGAUGGUGCUCCUGAUCUCUGGGACACUGCGGGAAAUGCUGCAAUUAAUAUUGGAGGCAUCGUUGUUCUUGUGGCGUUGUUUUUCUGGGACAAUAAAAAGGAGGAAGAGCAGCUUGAACAAAUAUCCCGAAACGAGACCUUAUCAAGGUUGCCACUGCGCUUAUCCACUAAUCGAGUGGUUGAACUCGUACAGCUUCGGGAUACAGUUAGGCCUGUUAUUUUGGCUGGGAAGAAGGAGACCAUUGCGCUAGCCAUGCAGAAAGCAGAGAGAUUUCGUACUGAGCUCCUUAGAAGAGGUGUUCUUUUAGUUCCUGUAAUCUGGGGUGAAGGUAAGGCUGCACCAUUGGAGAAAAAAGGGUUUGGUGCUUCUCCCAAAGCAGCGGCUGCUCUUCCAUCUAUUGGGGAAGAUUUCGAGAAGCGGGCUCAAUCUGUAAUUGCACAAUCGAAAUUAAAAGCAGAAAUCCGUUUCAAGGCGGAGGUCGUAUCACCUGCCGAAUGGGAAAGGUGGAUUAAAGAUCAGCAGAAAUCUGAAGGAGUUACUCCUGGUGAGGAUGUGUACAUAAUAUUACGACUUGAUGGUCGUGUACGGAGAUCGGGCAAGGGUAUGCCAGACUGGCAGCAAAUUGUGAAGGAGCUGCCACCGAUGGACGCAUUGCUGAGCAAGCUAGAGAGGUAGAUGCAGUUGCUUCUGUUAAAUGUUAAUUCAUGGUGGAGAUAAUUUAAGAUGGGCUAUCGCCAUGUGUGCUUGCUUUCUUAAUGUGAGCUUCAUAGCUUCAUAUUUCCCAAAUCCGGUGCCAAGCACAGAAUCAAUGGGAUACUAAUUCAAGAAAGUCGAUGUCCGACACCGUACGAGCCCACUUACACUUCCUGAAACAGUCUCUAACGCGACUUAUGUGAUUUAGUUUGUUGAAAUUUUCCAAGGAAAUGAAAUGAAAAGUAUUUGAUCUGUUCUGCCU